AUGCAUGGAUGCUCCAUCAUUUGCACAAUGAUCUCGUGGAGAGACGCCUUGCCGCAUGCGAAACGGAGAGCAUGCAAACUACCUAAGUUAGUUGCUCAUUCCACCAAUCAUCCACGAGACAAUUACCUAGCUUCUGGAAACCCGGCGGCCGAAGCCGUUAGAUACGAUUUCAUUUCUAUCACACCCUUGCGGAAUUUUUUCAAAUGUUCGUGGGAUUGGGAAUUUCCUGGCAUGCACGAGUCACGGCUCCCAUUUAAGUAUAAGAGUGUACUCGAAGCCGAGGCUGAUGCGGAGAAAAACAUUCUCUUCAUCAACUUCGCCGCACACCUUGACCCUUCAUUAAAUCCACGUGUCAUCUUCAACUGUGCUCCAAGGAUACAAGCGACCUGGUUCUCCGAAUCAAAUCUCAACCCUAGAACGCGCGAUUGCGUUCGUAAUGGGAGAUUUGUGCUCGACAUAUCGGACAAUUUCAAGAAUACACUGAGAGUAAGAAAGAAAAAGCCAGCGGGCUCCCGUCACAAUCACGAGAGCUUGCUUUGUUUCCAAUCUUGGGAGUUACCACAGUCGAUUUUUCUAGACUUCCAUAACAAUUGCCAAAUGGUUCCCAAAGAACGAGCGCUCUCCCUCCCAAAGCUUUUGUAUGCAAGAGUAGAAUUUCGCCUACAAAGAAGACUAGACCUCAGAAGUAAAGAUGGGAAAGUAGGUAGCACGGAUAGCACUGAGAGCAAGGUCUUAAAGCCAGGUGAGGCCAUACUGGCCCGUUCUGGGACAUCCGGCCUUACAUUAUCCCCCUUCAUAGUAGUCCUACAACCUAGAGGGUAG